GGAGGGAAGGGACGGGAGACUCGCUGUUUGGUAGAGAGAGCGAGAAAACCAGAGAUUCCCUCGGUGUCGAGUGAAAGCGAGGAAGGCGAGACGGGAGAGGCUGAGGAAGGCUGCUGGGAGAGGGGAGAAUCGCUCGGCGCCGGCCGGGUCGGUACCGGCAGGAAGCGGCCGCGUGGAGACAUGCAGAUCCAGUCCUCUGGUCCACAGUGCAAAGCCUCCAGCGUCGUCCUCAGUCCGAGAUGUGUGCUGGAAUCCCAAAUGGAAAUCCACCGUGAACAGAGCAUCUGCCAGGCGCGAGCCGCCGUCAUGGUGUACGACGACGCCAACAAGAAGUGGGUCCCGGCCGGUGGCUCCACGGGCUUCAGCAGAGUCCACAUCUACCACCACACCGGCAACAACGCCUUCCGGGUCGUGGGUCGCAAGAUCCAAGACCACCAGGUGGUGAUCAACUGUGCCAUUCCCAAGGGGCUAAAGUACAACCAGGCCACGCAGACCUUCCACCAGUGGCGUGACGCCCGGCAGGUCUACGGCCUCAACUUCGGCAGCAAGGAGGACGCCAACGUAUUCGCCAGCGCCAUGAUGCACGCCCUGGAGGUGCUCAACUCGCAGGACGCAGACCCCACGGCGCCCCGACCGGACCCCCAGCUUCACAACGGCCCCACGCCAGAGGACAUGGAAGUGCAGAGAAGGCAGCUCCAGGACCUGCAGGAGCAGAAGGAGUUGGAACGGGAGCAUCAGGAGCGUCAGGAGGAGUGUCAGGAGAAGGAGCGUCAAGAGAAGGAGCGUCAAGAGAAGGAGUGUCAAGAGAAGGAGCGUCAGGAGAAGGAGCGUCAAGAGAAGGAGUGUCAGGAGAAGGAGCGUCAAGAGAAGGAGCAUCAGGAGAAGGAGCGCCAGGAGAAGGAGCGUCAAGAGAAGGAGCGUCAGGAGAAGGAGCGUCAAGAGAAGGAGCGUCAGGAGAAGGAGCGCCAGGAGAAGGAGCGUCAAGAGAAGGAGCGCCAGGAGCAAGAGCGCCUAGAGGAGCAGGAGCGUUUGGAGCGAGAGCUCCUGGAAAAGGAGGCGCAGGCGGAGCAAGCGGAGCGCCUGGAGCAGCAGGAGCAGCAGGACAGAGAGCAGCAGGACUGGGAGAGAGGGAGGCGCAUCUCCAACGCCGAAGUGGCGCAGUCCCCGGGGUUGACCGUCCUCGCCCCUCCCCCGCCUCCCCCCUUGCCACCCGGCUCCACUGUGACCUCCCCGGCCGCCACCCCGACGACCGGCCACCCUCCCGCCGCCGCCUCCCCGCUGCCCCCCACGCUGACUCUGGGCGGCACCCCCCCCCCACCACCUCCUCCUCCAGGUCCGCCGCCUCCUCCCGGUCACCCGCUCCCUCCCCCGGCGCCCCCGCUUCCCGCCGGACUGUUCUCCCCCGCCGAGGACCACCCCUUCUCGGGCCUGGCCGCCGCCCUGGCCGGGGCCAAGCUGCGCAAAGUGCCAAAGAGUGACGAUGCAGGGGCGGCGUUGGCGGCGGCCAUGUUGGGGGCCUCGGGGGCCAAAUCUGAAACCAGAGGCAACGGCCCUGCGCCUGGAGGAGGAGGGCUCAUGGAAGAGAUGAGCGCCCUACUGGCCAGGAGGAGAAGAAUCGCAGAUAAGGGCUCGUCACCUGAACCCGACCAGAGAUCGGAGGAGGGCGAGAGCAGCACGACCCCGAAAGUGUCCGCCUGUAGCACGCCAGACAUGCCCAGAAAGCCGUGGGAGCGAACAAGCACCAUGAACGGCAGCAAGUCUCCGGUUAUCGGGAGACCUAAGUCCUCCACCGCGCCCUCUGCCGCCCUCAGCGCCAACGGCGUGCCGACAGAAGCCGUGGACUACGACCGGUUGAAACAGGACAUCCUGGACGAGAUGAGGAAGGAGCUGUCGAAGCUAAAAGAAGAGCUCAUCGAUGCAAUCAGGGAGGAGCUUGGAAAGUCCAGCACGGCGUAGAGGACUCAAACCACACCCCCUCCACAGCGACCCGACGGACGACCACAGCGGAAAGAAAUAUCUAACAAUACAAAAACAAAAAAGGAGAGAGAGAGAGCGAGGACGUUAAUCGGGGAAGCGUCGGACGGGAACAACAACGGACUGGGUUGUGGUCAGGAAGCCCCGCCCUCUUCUCCUCUUCCUCCUUCUCAUCCUCCUCCCUCUGAGGGCAUCGCUUCUUGAAGGACAGUGUCUGAAAGAGAAGCAAAUGUCUUUUAUGCAAAGAUGAUUUAUUUGUCCUAUAAUAGAAAGCAACCCACACACACACACACACACACAAUACUGAACUCUUCGAUGAUACUGUAUUAACCCAUCGGCGCAUAAGUGAACGUUGAUGCUCAGAAUACCAACUCUUGUGAUCUACUAUCAAAAAGGCACGUUUUAUUAACAGAGUUUGGAAGACAGCAAGGGACUAGAAAAGAAAAAAAAGGAAGGUCUUUUUUUCCCAUAAUGCCACUCGUGUGCGAGUGCGUGCGUGUGAAUGAGUGCGUAUGGGGGACCGACAGUCUCUGGUGAAGUCCACCACUGCAGGACACUGUAAAGCUUGUCUUCCUCAAAUACUAUUUUAACCUGAAUAUGUACAAAAGAAGAGAAGACAAAAAAGUUAUUUAGAAGAAAACAUUUUAAAAAGAAGAAAAAAUAAAAUAAAAGCAUCUUAUCAACCACGUCUGUUCCGGUGUAGAUGGUCGGCCACGCGUCAUGUAGCUCAAUAGCCCCGCCUUCUUGCAACGGGAUGCUCUCUUGUCCAUCUCGUAGGAAUCGUACCCGCCAGCGGCCGCGCUCCGUCUCCCUGUAGCCUCCAGCGAGCUCCUUCUGCGAGAAGAAGCGACUUCUUCUCCCCCCGGUGGUCACAUUUAGGUACUGCGUCUGCAUGUGCCGCCUCGGCCCUUUCCCUUCACGCGGGCGACGGGUCUGCCACGAAAGUUGCGCCAGUUUUCUUACAAGCAAUAAGUGUAGCAUCUCUUUUUAAAGGCCCACCUGCCCCCGACAUUACUCUCACAAUAACUCGUCUGUCCCGUUAUUACUUUUUAGUUUUUAUUUGUGGCCCCGCGUUGGACGAUGUUCCUGCAGAUAUUGGGCGGACACGACUAGAAUAUCAGAUCUAUACACUGUCAGACAUGAUUUCAUGGGAUAUAACACCGUUUAUAAAUCACGUUUAUAUAUAAAUAAAUAUAUAUAUAUAUAUGUGUGUGUCUGUAUGUAUAUAUAUAUAUAUAUAUAUAUAUAUAUAGAGUAAAAAAAAUCCAAGUAUACCAUGACAGAUUUUUUAAGUCCUUUUAUUAUUAUUAAUUAUUAUUUGACUGCAUUUCUAAAGUUUAUGAAAGGUGAACGGGACGACUUAAAAUGGACGUAAGGAGGUGAUGAUGCCAUUUUAAUAUUUUUAGUGCUCCCCGGCGACAUGCGUUCAAAGUCCUUCCCCCAGAUGGGGGGGGGGGGCAUCGCUCCUCAGACCCACUCGCAUCUCGUUCAGCUCGGCGCCCAGUUUGUUUACCACGGGAGAAAGAAACGUACAAUCAACCUGAGAGCGGAGGGUCGCGGGGUCGACGUCUAAAUGCCUCCGAGGUCACCUGUCAAUCAAAUGAAUCCAGCGCUCACCUUCAGUAGUUCUGAUUUCAAGGUCAGGAGACUUGCAAUAGGCACUUUUUGAUUUUUAUUGUUUGUCUAAAUGGAAAACGCCCAGCCAUCAAAACCCCACCGGGCAAAUCAACCGACAGCAGGCGGCUCCGUCGCCGAAGGACUCCACUCGUCUCCUUCUCCGCUCAAUCGCCUUUUUCUUUUCUUCGUUUCAUCGUGUUUUCGUUACCAUUUGAGUUUUUUGGUGAGAUCCGAUGGAACAAGAGAAGACGCCCGACGCCUCUUUGCUCUCGACCUGGAGGUGAAGCCCGUCUGUCCGGGGAGCUGCGUGGCCUGUGCCUUGUUCCCAAGUUGCAUUUAAUAUGUCGAACAUAUAAAGAUGACGAGUAAUAAUAUCCAGGGGCCCGUCGUUAUGAUCACAUGCAGUUGUUUCUUAGUUUUCUUUCCUCUUUCUGUUGGUCCCGUUUAUUUAAAGGGAGAAUCUGAAUGAACUCGGUCCCGUUCCCCACUUAGAAAACACCUGUUGUUGUUUUUUGUGUGUUUUUUUUACAUAAAUGUGGUUUAUUUCCGUUUAUUUGUGAGGUUGCUUUUCUAACCGCUCAGAAGUACAAUCAAGCCCUCGAGACGCCCGUCAGAGAGCGACCGCCCUGCUCCACGCUGAGGAAACACUUACCCAGAAUGCAACGGUGUGCGAGGCGCCGAGUCACGCGGAGGGGUGCCAGACGUAUAUAUCGGCUGCAUUGUACCAGACUGUCCUCGUGUUAACUCCUCUUUUCUUACACGCUAACAUCUUGUUUUUGUUUGAGCAAAUUCAAUAAAAGUUGCCCAUUCUUUCAGAAUGAUGUCGUGGACCUGAGCUGCGUUUUCACUUUGAAAUGAGUCGCCGUCAAUUUACUGCAGAUGAGUUCUAUUUAUAAUCAAUAAUCUAAUCAAUAAUUCUUCCUCCAAACCAUCUCACUCUGAGUGAAUAUUGAGAAAUACUGAGAAAGCCCCCGCAGGCCCUGUGGCCCCUGCACACCUUGUGGCCCCUGCAGGCCUUGUGGCCCCUGCACACCUUGUGGCCCCUGCAGGCCGUGUGGCCCCUGCAGGCCUUGUGGCCCCUGUAGGCCCUGUGUCCCAUGCACGCCCUGUGGUCCCUGUAGGCCUUGUGGCCUCUGCAGGCCAUGAGGCCUUGUGGGCUCUUCAGGCCUUGAGGUAUUGUGGCCCCUGUAGGCCUAGAGGCCUCUGCAGGCCUCUCCUCUGCCGUUACAGCCGCCCAGCCUCUGUUUCGCAGCCCGACUACCGGAACAACAACUUGUGUGGGCGGCUGGAGGCCGACAGGAAGAGGAAGAGGAGGAAGAGGAGAGGCUGCCGUACCGUCGCUCUGAUUGGUGGAGCUCCGUGUCUCUGAGCGGCAGCUCUUCUUCUGGCGCUUCUGAGGAGGACAGAACAUUUACACUCUACGCUUCGACUUGUACUGACCUCCUGGCUUGUUUGUGUUGGAAGAGACAGUUUAAGAAACACAAACAGCAGCGGCUGCCCAGCGACGCUUUCUUGUCCUUCAUGUUUCAAACCUUUAAAAGGCGCUCAAUGCAAAACUGAGAAAGGAAACAUGUUGCCUCCUUGUGGCUCUCAACAUGGGCGAUGCCUGAGCGGGCGGCUCUCGGCUAACGACGCCGACAGAGCUGACGGUGUGAGCUCCUGGAGCUCUGGGCUCGCUCACGUGCACGAACAGACAUGAGCAAAGCACAGAGAGGGAGGAGCAGUCAGACGUUAAUGCAAUAUAUCUUUACAUGGAUAAUAUUGAUGUCAUAUUAAUACCAUAUAGAGAAACUCCUAACUGCUUUAUUUACAUUUAAAGGGUUUAUAUUACUAAUCAGAUUGGUUUGGAUUAAGGCUAUUUGACAUUUGAGAUUGUGCAAAUAAAUAAACUAACAGUUAUGUAUAUUC